CAGAAGCAUCUGGCAUGUCAGAGCUACAGUGUCUUCCAUGGGACUUCCUUUGUGAAUAGCUUCCAUUUAAAAGAGUUGUGUGAAUACCUUGUUUCAGUCAAGUUCCCAAAGAACACAUUUGUCUUCUGAUCUGCUGGAGGUCUUAAGAAUCCGAUGAUCUCCGUGGGGAUCCUGCACUCAGCCAUCAAAGCACUCCCGCCCCUCAGGAUGCUCGUAAUUCAAUCGUAGAUGCAGGCGGCGUUGAAAGCAUCACACAGUGUCCCCAGCAGCUUCCUCAGAUGAUGGCUGCAGCAGCCGAUGGUUUGGGGAGUCUCGCAAUCGACACGACCCAGCUGAACAUGUCAGUGACGGACCCCACCGCCUGGGCCACCGCUAUGAAUAACUUGGGCAUGGUUCCCGUGGGGUUGCCUGGACAGCAGCUCGUGUCGGACUCAAUCUGUGUACCAGGCUUUGACCCAGGCCUCAACAUGAUGACUGGGAUCACCCCUAUUAACCCAAUGAUACCAGGCCUGGGGCUGGUACCACCCCCGCCAACAGAAGUGGCUGUCGUCAAAGAAAUAAUCCACUGCAAAAGCUGUACUCUUUUUCCCCAAAACCCAAAUCUUCCACCUCCCUCCACAAGAGAACGACCUCCCGGGUGUAAGACCGUGUUUGUCGGGGGAUUACCAGAAAACGCCACUGAGGAAAUCAUCCAAGAAGUCUUUGAGCAGUGCGGUGACAUCACAGCGAUUCGGAAAAGCAAGAAGAAUUUUUGUCACAUUCGCUUUGCCGAGGAGUUCAUGGUUGAUAAAGCCAUUUACCUUUCUGGUUACCGGAUGCGCUUAGGGUCUAGCACGGACAAAAAGGACUCGGGCCGGCUGCACGUGGACUUCGCCCAGGCCCGGGACGACUUCUACGAGUGGGAGUGCAAGCAGAGGAUGCGCGCCCGCGAGGAGCGGCACCGGCGCAAACUGGAGGAGGACCGGCUGCGGCCACCCUCGCCGCCGCCCAUCAUGCACUACUCAGAGCACGAGGCCGCGCUCUUGGCGGAGAAGCUGAAAGACGAUAGCAAGUUUUCAGAGGCCAUCACAGUGCUGCUGUCCUGGAUUGAGCGAGGGGAAGUAAACCGGAGGUCCGCAAACCAGUUCUAUUCCAUGGUGCAGUCGGCCAACAGCCAUGUCCGCCGGCUGAUGAACGAGAAAGCCACCCAUGAGCAGGAGAUGGAGGAGGCCAAGGAGAAUUUCAAAAAUGCCUUAACCGGGAUCCUCACUCAAUUUGAGCAGAUUGUGGCCGUUUUCAACGCUUCUACCAGACAAAAAGCUUGGGACCAUUUCUCGAAAGCUCAGCGCAAGAACAUAGACAUUUGGCGAAAGCAUUCUGAGGAGCUCCGGAACGCUCAGAGUGAGCAGCUUAUGGGCAUCCGCCGAGAAGAAGAGAUGGAAAUGUCGGAUGAUGAGAACUGUGACAGCCCUACUAAAAAAAUGAGAGUUGAUGAAUCAGCCCUGGCCGCCCAGGCCUACGCGCUUAAAGAAGAGAACGACAGCCUCCGGUGGCAGCUGGACGCCUACAGGAACGAAGUGGAGCUGCUGAAGCAGGAGAAAGAGCAGCUGUUUCGAACGGAAGAAAACCUGACCAAGGACCAGCAGGUGCAGUUCCUGCAGCAGACCAUGCAAGGCAUGCAACAGCAACUGCUGACCAUCCAGGAGGAGUUAAACAGCAAAAAGUCAGAAUUGGAACAAGCAAAGGAAGAGCAGUCACACACACAAGCAUUACUCAAAGUCCUCCAGGAACAAUUGAAGGGUACCAAGGAGUUGGUCGAGACCAAUGGCCACAGCCAUGAGGACACAAAUGAAAUUAAUGUGUUGACAGUCGCAUUGGUCAACCAAGACCGAGAGAACAAUAUUGAGAAAAGAAGCCAAGGCUUAAAAUCAGAGAAAGAAGCUCUGCUGAUCGGCAUCAUAUCAACGUUUCUUCACGUCCACCCUUUUGGAGCCAAUAUAGAAUAUCUCUGGUCAUACAUGCAGCAGCUGGACUCCAAGAUAUCUGCAAACGAAAUCGAAAUGCUUCUGAUGAGGUUGCCACGCAUGUUUAAACAGGAAUUCACAGGCGUGGGAGCAACGCUGGAAAAAAGGUGGAAGUUGUGUGCCUUUGAAGGAAUUAAAACUACCUAACUGUGAAGAGCAGCAAAGUCUCUGGAUAUGAAACUGCCUGAACCCAGCCAGGGCUGUGCAGUGUGAGCCCAGGAGGUUUGGGGCUGGUCCAGCGCAGGACCUUUAUGGAGCCAUCAGAGCCUGACUUUAGUUUACAUCUGUGGCGUUCUCUUGUGAGUGGAAAUGUAAUUGUGUACCAGUUCCCUAAAACAAACAAAGCUUCAUACUGUGACAGAUCUGUUUGCUACGAAAACCAACGAUUCCACAGUCAUGAUGGCAAAACCUUAAAAUGUGCUACGUCUGAGAAUAGCUCACCAAGUAAAAUAUUUAAAGUUAAUGAUGGUGUGGCAAUGGUUGUUGCUAGGCUACAGAGUUGUUGUAUAUGUAAUCUAUAGCUGAAAUCAUUCAAUGACAUUUUCCUGAAAGUCUUUCUGUUUGUUUUAGUAUAAAAAAAAAAAAAAAAAAAAA